CAGCAGCUCAUUUUACUUUGACCGAUAAACGGACACUGCUUGUAAAAUCACAGACGUGGCGACAACCGAUCGCAAUUUAGCUAUGAAGAAUCCACUUCUUUUUUUCUUCCUCGUUUGUGGGCUGGUUAUUAUACAUGUAGGAGUAUUGGGAGAGACAGUGCUAGAAGACCAAGAAGUCGCCGAAAGAUCCGCCCCUUUUGCUGGGAAAAGGUCCUCUCUGGUUAAAUUUGAUCUACAGGGGUUUACCCCCAGUAGGGCUGAGAAGAUAAACGACAAAGUCAAUGACGAAGAGGUAGAGAAGAGAGGGUAUAGAGCUGAGAAAAUAAACGACAAAGUCAAUGACGAAGAGCUAGAGGAGAGAAGAGGGUAUAGAGCUGAGAAAAUAAACGAUAAAGUCAAUGACGAAGAGGUAGAGAAGAGAGGUAAUAUAUUAGUACAAAAAAUAUAAUAUAUCGGUAAAGUUGUCCAGAUUUUAUGCC